AUGGCCCAAGAAUUUCACAUCUCCUCUGCCCUCUCCAGCAAUGGUCCCUUAAAACCAAGUAAUUGUGGCUCCGACCUGGCUGCGCGCCUCAACGCCGCGACUCUGGUGGAGUCUGCGCCCGAUGAGGCACCACGCACAGCAAGGUCGGAGCCCAAGAAGGUGAUUGUGGUGGGGGCUGGUAUUUCGGGCCUUCGGGCCGCUGCCGUUCUGCAGCGUCACGGAUGUGAGGUCGUCGUGCUGGAAGCGCGCGAUCGCAUCGGUGGCCGAAUUUUGACCAGCCGGAACGGAGAUCACGUUAGAGAUAUUGGUGCUGCCUGGAUGCACGAAACUUCCCAGAAUGGUCUGGUGAAACUCAUCCCUCGGCUAAACAUCCCCUAUUAUUAUGACGACGGUGCCCCGCUGUACUUUACCCGAGAGGGCCGAGCCGGUUCCCAAUUCAAGGCGAAGAAAGUCGCCGAUGAAUUCGCGGAUUACUGCGAAUGGUUCUACGAAACUCAUCCGGACGCUGAGGAUCGUCCCGUCGAUGAGUUCGUGCGCCAGUUUGUCCUCGAACAUCAGCUGAUUAGUGAUGAUGAGCGGAUCUGGGCUCCCCAGGCCGUUCGCGAGGUGGAACUUUGGCUCGGAACUAGUACGCGUGAGGCCUCGUCGAAACACUUGUCCUACUUUAUAACCGAGCGAAACCUGUAUAUGAAAGGCGGUUACGACCGCAUUGUGAAUUGGACCUCCCAAUCCCUCCGCCAAGAUCCCAGCAUCAUCCGACUCAACCAUCACGUCGAGAAAGUCGAAUGGAACGACGAAGGCUCCAAGCCCACGCGCAUCCAAUACAAAGAUGCUACAACCGGAGUUGCUGGAACCUUGGAAGGUGACGCCGUGGUGAUGACCUGCCCAUUGGGCGUUUAUCACCAUAACUUGAUUGAUUUCAACCCGCCCUUGCCGAGUGACAUCCAAGAGGGCAUGUCGAAAUUCAGCUACGGCGCCCUGGGCAAAGUCUUUUUCGAAUUCACCGAUGUUUUCUGGCCCAAAGACAACGACCAGUUCAUCUUCUACCCCUCCCCCUCCGACGAAGAACUGGAUACCGCCUCCGGCUCUUCCGUCUCAUCCUCCAACAGCAUGAGUUCCUCCAUCCAGGAAAAGGACAACAUCCUCAACUACGCCACCGUCACCAUCAACCUCUGGAUCAUGACCGGUGGCAAGGAACUCUGUGUCCAAAUCGCCGAGCCCCUCACGCAGCGCAUCGAAGCGAUGACCGACAAAAAGGAGAUCUACCGCUUCUUCGAACCCCUCUUCAAACUGCUCCGUGCGGAGCCCUAUAAAGCCCUCCCGCGCCUGGUCGAUGUUGAAACUACACACUGGACCCAGGACCCGCUGGCCGGGUACGGGACUUACUCUGCCGACAAGGUCGGCGAUGACCCGGAUCUUUUGAUCGAUGCCUUUGAAAACCACAAGGACAGCGCCUUGCAGUUUGCAGGUGAGCACUGUACCAUGGUGGCUAAUGGCUGUGUGCAUGGCGCGUAUAAGACGGGUGAAACCGCCGCUGCCAACCUGCUGCACCGAUUUGGUAUUCCGUAUGACGGACAUGAUGCCGUCAGCGAUGCAUUUGACAUGUAA